CAUAGAUCAACCGCAUUUUCUACACAGCUCGAUAUUUUGUGAAAAACUCGCAAAAUGCUAGGCAACGUGGUGAAAAUGUUGAGAAGCACAUCGCUCUGCCCUUCGCAAACUGUGCUAUUGCAGUCCACCAGAAACACAUUCGUGCUAAAGCGUCGUACUCCACCAAACCUGUACAAGAAAAACCAAAAACCGGGUAAACUACGAGGUCGACAUUAUGUAUACGAUCUGAUUGAGGAUACCACCGUUAUUAAGAAGCCCAACCUGGAGGUAGUGCUUACUACGUUCGUCGAGGGAAUAGGUUCCAAGGGCGAAGUUGUUUCACUAAAGCCAAACAUUGCCUACAACAAACUGCUUCUUCCCGGCUUAGCCGUUUACAAAACACCAGAAAACGUUGCUAAAUAUGCUAUGGAAAAGGAUGAGAAGGAAGCGGAAGUACACAGCUCUGCGUAUGCACAAAGGACGGUGAACAAGCUGCAAAGCAUGGUAUUAGCAGUGGUGAUGAACAAGGACCACCCCUGGGUUAUCGAGCCAUGGCAUAUUAAAGUGUCUCUUCGCAAAGCCGGAUACUAUGUUCCGGAAAGUGCCAUCACGCUCCCUAAGACACCUAUCACAGGGCCGGAUCUUUUGAAGCAAAACAAAGAAUUUGUGUGCACGGUCACGAUAAACAAUCUUGAGAAGGCGAGUGUUCGUUGCCGAAUACAUCACUGGAGCACGAUUCCUAGCGAGCGGUUGCCUUAUGUGGUCGACCAUUGGAAAAUGGAUGCAGAACCACUGUUUGGCGAUGGUGGCGUUUCUGAGUCAGGGUCAACCACACAUAAUGAACUUAAAGAUUAAUCCAAUAAUUGCAGCAUAAUGUUGCAUUUAAGUACAUCGGUAAUGCCGCAAUUAUUGCAGUUAUUUUAUCAAAAUAUAGGCUG